AUUAAAGUUUGAGUUUGAGAUUCAAUAUGUCUUGAAACCAAUGAAAGUCAAUGAGUUUGUACUUAAGUCUUUUGACGCUUCUUAUAAUUUAUAACUGUUUAUUUAAUUUGGAGUGUAAAAUUUUACAUUUUUCUUUUUCAACACUUCUAGAGAAAUCUGUAUUUUUAUUUCGAUUUCUAAAAAAUCUUUAUUUUCACUUCAUUAAUUACAUAAUUAUUAACGUUGUUGUAAUUUUAAUUACGUAAUUAAUUUAUUUCGAUUACAUUUUAAUUACAAAAUUUUUGCGCUCACUAACCCAUAAUGUGCCGCGUAAGAGUCCUAAUUACUUGCGUGUCACUUAUUCACUGUUAAGUGAAACUCGCUUGCAAGCGUUAAUGUAAUGUGUGGCGGCUACUAUGUAAAAUUUACUGUGUUACACGUGUACUCGUAUGUAAUUAUAAAUAUACUUUAUAUGAAUGCAAUAUAAUAUAUAAGUAUGUGUACUGUAUAGAAUGGCGUGUACCGUUAUUCAUUUAGAUUUGUGCAAAAAAGGCUGCUAAUAAAUGUGAAAUGUUAUCAGAAAAUUUUAAACUCAAUCAAAUGUCAAUUAAACGUGCAUAAAUGCAAAGUACUCAUACAAGAGACCGCCGCAACAAGCGAUAACAAAGCGGAAAUUCAAAUAUAACUGUACUGGUAACUGUGAGUAGGCACGCCCAAUAUAUUAGCACAAGGUCACGCAGUUGUCUGUCGAAACUAUAAAAAUCAUGCAAAACGGCAUUUUUCGCUGACAGUCAAUUGCCUACGAGAGUCAUUUCCGCACACGAAACGCCACGGUCAAGUACUCAUACACCUUAUAGAAAGUGCUCUGUAUUGAAUGUAGUUAAGCAGAGGUUUUUUGUCAUUGAUUAGCAUUAAAAUAAGUGAAAUACCGACGAUUUUUGCUAAAAAUGCUGUCGCCAAUAGUUUUUAAUACUCGCCGCGUCCGCAGAACUUUGUCGAAUUCGAAAAGUUUAUCUGAUGGAAAGCGUGUGAGUGUGGAAGGACCAAAUCUCGGUGAGAAAGACUGCAAGGUGUUGGUGAAUUUAGUGCAAGAAUUCGGACAGGAGACCACAUUCCAUGGCAUGAACGUAAUGCUGGCGCCAGGUGUGGGAAAAUUCGAACGCGCCCUCAGCACGAUUGCUUUCGUUGUCGCCUUUAUACUGCUCGUCUGUGUUUGUCUCUUUCUCGCUUCACGCUUUUCGAAAGGACAAUUCAAGACAGUCGUCGAGAAUACACACUUUCCAUUGUAUAAAGUGAAAUACCCCGAGGUAACGAUUUGCAAUAAGAAUCGGUUGAAUUGGUCGCGUCUGCUAGAGGCGAAGAAUAAAUUUCUGUUACCGGCGCAUCGCAAUAACUCUAAAGAAGAGCUCUUCACCGAAAUAAUUGGACUGUACGACACAUUCAUCUUCGGCAAAUUCGAUCGUUUCGCACAGUUAGAGCAGUAUCCGUUACAUGAACUGAAUUAUAUCAAUUUUACUGCUGUGGCGCGCUUCAUGGCCUGGCGUUGCUGGGAGAUUCUCUCCCACUGCAAGUGGCGCAGUCACGUUUACCGCUGCUGUGACAUCUUCAUGGAGCGCCGCUCGCAGUUGGGUUUCUGUUUGGCCUUCAAUUCGGUGGAGAGGCCGAAGACGCACAACAACAACACAACUUGGCCUUGGCGCACGGAUAGAGGUGGCACGUAUGCCGGACUCACCGUUAAGGUUGUGUUGAAUAAGCAACAACAUUUCACUGGUGGUAUGGAAGGCAUAACGGUUAUGAUUGUGGAACCGAACGUCUGGUACUAUAUACCAAUGGAUAUUCCUGGGCAGACGCGCACGCGCCUAACCAUGGAUGGUUUCCUUAAUAAAUACGAAGACGAGACGAGGCGCGUGCCUUCUAGCGAACGUGGUUGCGUAUUUAAGGAUGAACAGAACAGCGAUGACUUCAAAACACUUUAUGGCCAUCGAUAUCGUUUCGAAAAUUGCCAUGCUCAGUGCCAGCAGGAGUAUCUCAUAAAGUAUUGUAACUGCACUUUGGAUAUAUUUUUUCCACCGAGCCCAGAUCCGCACUGCAGACUCGUGGAUUUGCCGUGCUUGGCAAAAUAUAACAACUAUCUAGUCAAUUUCGAAAUACCUGGUCAGGAGAAGUACAUGUCCAGCAAAUAUCCGGGCAUUGUUUGUAGCUGCUAUGUGAGCUGCGAUUCGCUGCGCUAUUAUGUUGCCAUCAAAUCGAGAGACCUUACCGAAGCUGAGACUGUGGAGAACCGUUCGAUAGUUGACCUCGAUGUGUAUUUUGAGCGCGAUUUCAUUACGAAAUAUAAGACGAUUUUGGUCUUCACUUGGAUCGAUUUGAUUGUUUCAUUUGGUGGCACUACCGGCUUGUUUUUGGGCUGCUCUCUUAUCAGUAUUGUGGAGCUGGUCUACUUCUUCUUCAUCGUCGCACCGCGACGCAUUAGAGAGGAGCACGAGCGUCCGCAACAACUGAAGCGUAGACCGUCUAGAGUCGAGCAGAGCAAAAUUAAGUUGAGAGCAUAUCGCGGUGUGUACAGAGCACAGGGGCAGUUUUAGAACCAUUAAAUUUGGUCUAAAAUUUAGUUAUUUAUGUAAAUUGUCUAUGCUUCGUUCCUAUAAAUCAGUUUAUGUUUUCUAAAACUUUAAUCUGAUUCUUAUCCUAAAUAAAAGUGUAUAGAAUAAAGAGAGAGAAAGGGAGAUUAUAUAAAUUUGUUAAAUAAAUGUGAU